UUUAAGAUGGGCGUACUUCGAAUUGGGUUUUUGAAUCUUUUCAUAUAUUUCUGCUGUGUAUUUCUAUACUCAGUUCCAAAUGUAAGUGGCCAAAAUAAUAUGUGUUUCAAUUGCACCGAUUUGAUAGACUGCAGAGCUUCCAAGCAUUAUCUAAAGUACGGAUAUAAAGAGGAUAAGGGCAAGGUAGUUCCAAGAAAACCAGGUGAUGCAUCUGACCCAUUAAUGGAUAAAUGUCUAGAUGACGGCUACACAAUAAAAGAGACACUAAAGGGUACUGUAUGCUCUGGCAGCUCAGAUGGCUUUUGUCACGCAAUUGGUGAGGCCACUACUAAUUUCUCCAUUUCCUACACACAUUGCGGAAAUUGCUAUAUCGAAUGUGAUUGCUACAACCAAGAGAAUGGAAAUGAUCGAAGAGAAGGCCCUAUAAUUUUAACAAUGUUUCUGGCAGCUUUUUACACUCUGAUAUAAUAGAAUUUUAAACAGAAAAUUAAGGAGUCUAUAUGCUAUUCUUCC